ACACACCUACAUUAUCUGGCAAUCUGACAUUCGCACAGACACACCUGGGCAAACUGGAAGCCAGGUGACUUCAUACCGAACACAGAUCUGCCGACUUUUAGGACCAGCAGCUCUAUUUCGAUAAUAUAACAGCCAAAGAGUUUGAAUCGCGAAAUAAUAAAAUAAUAACUAUUUUCUAACUCCUAACAGACAACCGGGACAUCAUGCUGUGUAACUGCGACAUUCGAGUACCGGACGGUGGAUUUGGACUGUGUGUCCGAGCCGAUCAGAACUAUGGUCGUCUUGGGUUCUCCUAAAGCCUCAUAGAGACGACAUAGCGAAGGAUACAACCUAUAGGAUUUUGUUCUUAACCAGUUUCGAUUAAAUCUCUCUUGGAUACGAGAGCGAAACUGUUGCGCAAUGAAGUUGACGGAGUGGAUAGUCCAGCUGCUCCUAUUGGCCAGCGGAUGUGUGUGUGCGCUGGAACGAGUCACACACAACCCAGAAAACAAUGUCAUCUGUCCUCAGGCUCUAAACUGCAGUGUGAGAGAUACAGAGCCUAUCACACCACUUGAUGUGAUCUGUGGUUCUGUGUAUGUGUGUUCUUUGGCUGUAAAGCCAACAUUGUGCUGUCAAGGGGAGGACUGCAAACCGUGUUUGUGGAUUAGCAUCCAGCUGAGUAUUAUUCCAGAUCUCAAAGAUGAGAAGGACAGAGAUACCGAGAGAUCAGAAUAUGAAGAGGAGAGCAGUGGGGACUGGGAUUCAGGAUGUGUUUCCAUACCAGAUGACACAUCAGAAAGUCAAAGUAAAGAAUACUCUCUCUGUGAAGACCAGCUAGAUCAAGCUACUAUUACAAUAUGCUACCAACCAGCAGAAGGGCAGCAAGAGUGGUGCAAGAGAGUAGACUUCACAGUGACUUCUGCUGCAAGUCGUAAACUUCUCAUUCUGACGCUGGUGGAGUAUAAAAAUGUUGCCUUUGGCAGAACAAUGCAGAUCACUGUUGGAUCAUUCGCCAAGUCACCUGAAGUUGAAAUUAAUGAAUUCCCUACAUUAAAAACAGUGUGUUCCUUACCAGACCUAAAAGACAUAAAGCAGUGUAAAGGUCCCAGGAUCUUCAUUAAAAGUGAGAAGAGAGUGGUUAAGGUGCUAUUAGCCGAUGAGGAUGAAAGAGCUUCUGAAGGCCUGUCGCUGUGUGUGAAACGUGGAAGAGAAGGGAGAUGCUCGCUUAUGCCAAAUAACAUCAUUCCACUGGAGUCAAUCACAUACUGCAUGUGUUUGCAGGCAUGGAAAAAUGAUUCAGUUCGUUCGGAAAUCUGUCCCUUUGAACAAAAUAAAACAGAAUUUAAUGCCAAUGUCCUGAGCAACAUGUCAGUGUCUUUAGCCCACAUCAAAACAAAUGAUGGUGAGCCGGUGCUAAGCUGGAAUUUAACAGCGCCCUGCAGGAUAAGAGCCGAAUCGUGGCCGUGUCAGCUCGAGGCAGAUGGAAAAUGCACAGAAGUUGAAGGAUUCAGACAGAAAUGCUGUAAUGAUUGGACAGAAAACAGCACAGUACUAUGGGCAUCCGGGAAAUUUGUGAAUAUCAGGUCUCAGAAUCACCAGCAGCUCUGCAUGAUGCUUAAAGUGGAUGGAAAGAUUGUGCGGUACUGUCAACACCCCUUGGAGCGACAGUACUGGAGCCUUCUUGUUCUUCUGCCGCUGAUCCUUCUUUGUCUGACUGCUUUUGGAGUACUUCUUCUUGUGAACAAACUCAAAUGGUCGCUUAGCGAAUGGGACAGAAUGUGUCAUUCUCAAGGGAUUCAAGAUAUGAGGGGACAGGUUUUGUUGCUCCAUUCCUCUGCCACAGACCCACAGUUGGUGUGUAAGCUGGGCCAGUUGCUCUCUGAGCUGGGUUUCAGAGUAUUUCUCGACCUGUGGAACCAAACAGAGCUCGGUUCUUGCGGCCCAGCAGCGUGGCUCCACUCUAAGCUCGAUCACAUCCAGAAACAUGGAGGGAAAGCCCUUCUGGUGCUUUCUCCAUCAACACUGCAGAGAGCCAAGUUGUACUGGAAAAUUGCAGUGGAAAGACAAAGCAAUCCUGCCACAUACUCCUCAGAUAUGCUGGCUUCGGCAUUGGGCUGCAUUUUUGCUGACCGUAAGAAGGGCUGCGGUGCUCAGCGGUUCGUCCUUGUGCAGUUAGACUUUGAUGAACUUCCCAUCAAUGAGGAGCAUGACAUGCCGAAGCUGUUGAGGGGCCUGCUGCUUUAUAAACUGCCCUCACAGUCUCAGGGAUUACUUAUGGAACUGUGUCUGGAGAACCCGACUAAUGUGAGCGGGAAGUUGAAGAAGAUGUGGUGGAUGAGAAAGGCACAGAGGAAGUUGGCCCAAGGAGUGCAGAACAUUUUGUCGAGGGUGAGGACCGAUUCCAUGCUCACACAAUCUGAUUUACUCAGCUUAGACAUGGAAGACACAGAGGAAAUAAUUGUUCUCAAAAAUGAACAGCACUGAUGUGUCAUUUACUCCCUCAUCACACCAGAACAUUGUUUAGAUUGUCAGUCACAAUCUGUCACAAUGGACUAUGGACAGAUUACAUGAACAAUAAAAAUACCAGAAGGUAAUACCAUGUCCAAAAAAACACGG